UUCGCAUCGAGAAGCUCUCACUGGUUAUUAUUUGGAAUUAUUAUCCCGGUUUUUCCCCUCCCAGGCAGCAGCGGGAGCAGGAAGGGGCCGGCCCAGGUGUGGCUUUAGGACCCAGCGGAUCCCCCAUGUUGGAGACUCCUCCGGCUGCUCCUCCGUCAUUCCAGCAGGAUGAGAGGGACGGGGCUCUUCGUGCUGUGCCUGCCAGUGCUGCUGGUGCAGGGCCAGUACAGCCGCUUUGAGGGCAUCACCUACCCCGAGCCCGUCCAGUAUUCCCAGUACGACCAGCAGGCAGAAAUCCAGGAUUACUACGACUACCACGAUGUCACCCCCCGUGCCCCUGAGGAGCAGUUCCGGUACCAAUCCCAGCAGCAAUCCCAGCAGGAAACUGUGCCGGCCCCGACCCCAGCCGCCGCCCCCGAGACCGAGCCCACGGAGCCGGGACCGCUGGACUGCCGGGAGGAGCAGUAUCCCUGCACGCGGCUCUACUCGGUGCACAAGCCGUGCAAGCAGUGCCUGAACGAGAUCUGCUUCUACAGCCUCCGCAGGGUUUACGUCAUCAACAAGGAGAUUUGUGUCCGCACCGUGUGCGCCCACGAGGAGCUGCUGCGAGGUGAGGGAUCCAAAGGGUGGGGAGGGAUCGGAAUCCAAAGGGAAUUAUAUCCAAAGGGAAUUAUUCCCCAGGAAUUAUCGGGAAAAAUCCCCCCGGCCAAACCGAGCUGCUCCAGCGACUCCAGCGGAAUGGGCCAGGCUCUGCUGGGGGUUUUGGGAGCAGGGAUGGGGAUGGAUCCCCGCCCCCCCCAGGGGAUGGGAUGUGGAUUUGGGGAUGGGAAUGGGGAUGGAUCCCCCUCCGCCAGAGGAUGA